AUGCCAGAUAAAGUGGAGACCACCUUAAUGAUGAUAGCAGCUGGAGAGUUUUCAGUGGGGAUUUUAGGGAAUGCAUUCAUUGGAUUGGUAAACUGCAUGGGCUGGAUCAAGAACAGGAAGAUCACCUCUAUUGAUUUAAUCCUCACAAGUCUGGCCAUAUCCAGAAUUUGUCUAUUAUGUAUAAUAUUAUUAGAUUGUUUUAUAUUGGUGCUGUAUUCAGAUGUGUAUACCACGGGUAAACAAAUGAGAAUCUUUGACUUCUUCUGGGCACUAACCAACCAUUUAAGUGUCUGGUUUGCCACCUGUCUCAGCAUUUUCUAUUUCUUCAAGAUCGCAAAUUUUUUCCAUCCCCUUUUCCUCUGGAUGAAGUGGAGAAUUGACAGUGUGAUUCCGAGGAUCCUACUGGGGUGCUUGGUCCUCUCUGUGUUUAUUAGCCUUCUUGUCACUGAGAAUUUGAAUGAUGACUUCAGGUGUUGUGUUAAGACAAAGAAGAAAACAAACCUAACUGUAAGAUGCAGAGUAAAUAAAGCUCAAUAUGCUUCCGUCAAGAUUUUCCUCAACCUGUUAACGCUAUUCCCUUUUUCUGUGUCCCUGAUCUCAUUUCUCCUUUUG